GGGCACAGGACCCCCUACGCGGUGCUCGGAAAAGCAGAGCCUGGAAGAGUGGCCAUGAGUUCCAUGCGACCCCCGCGCGGUGCCGUGCUUUUGAAUUCACGCGAGAUGGAGGACGAGUUCUUCCGAACGGCGCCCAAAGGAAGCCUGGGGCUCUACCGAACCUAUCAGAGGCCGUUGGAAGGUGGUGAUUGUCCACAGUGUGACCUCAGCAAGGACUUUGAGGCUUUGCGGAAGCGCUGUGACGUCUACGACAACGCCAUGGCGGUGAUCUAUUUGACCAAGCGGGGGCAGACGGAUGCGGCCCAACAGAUCCUGGACAUCUUCUUGCACUUGCUGUAUCCAACAGAUUUCACGAACAUCUAUCCAGAGGAGUUGUAUCGUGGGCUGCCCUCGGGGCGCACCUUGACCCUGCUGGCAGCCUCUUAUGAGUGCGAUACCGACGUCACGGCAGGCACCUAUCAGGAGCCACAGGUCAUGGAUGGCGCGGUGGAUUCGGGGAACAAUGCAUGGGUGGCCAUCGCCUUUGCACAUUUUGCUGCUGCCACAGGGAAGGGCUGCUAUCGCACAGCUGCCGAAGAUAUUUUGAGAGCCAUCAGCAUCGCGGGUUCCUGCGCCGAUGAGUUGGAUGGUUAUUUAGCGCGCUUGCCGCCCAACCGUGGCAAUCAACGAUCGGUGGAGCACAACAUCGACAUUUAUGCCUUGGCAGGCAUGUUGGGCCAGUGGAAAUUGCAAGAACGUGCUGGACGCUUUGUGCAGAGCAUGUAUGGAAAGAACCAGGACUACCCGCAGGCCUAUAACGUUGGAACGGUUGGCUCACAACGUUGUGGGCCCACCAGUACUGCUGAGGAUGGGAUUCCUGCAGAUGGGCAAUUUUGGAACGUUUUGGCACAUGCGGAACCAGACCCUGACCGAGUUGGAAAAUCCGUGAGCUGGUUGAUCUAUUCAGACUCCAUCUGGGAAUAUGAUAAGGACUUUUUGAGCAAAUUAGAUCCAGCGCCAAUGCUGCAUGGGGUGCGUUUCACCAGCAAAGGCUUCGGGAUCCAAUGGGAGGAGACUGCUGGAGCGGUGAUAGCCCUCUCGCACUUCCUUGCCUUCCGCUCUGAGGGGAGCGAGGACAGCUUCAAAGAGCAACUGCAGCGUCGCUUGACAGCCUCGCUCCUGUCUUUGCGGACGCUGCUAAAGACCUAUGGGGCAGUUCCUGCCUCCGUUCGCGGGGGGAAUGGAGAGGCAUACAAUGCGCACAACCCAUAUUCACCCUACCCAGGAGGGUCAGACACUGGCAUGCGCUUCCCAUAUCUACGAAUGAUUCAUGUCGCCAGUACCGCUUGGACGGGCUUGGCGCUGAUGAGCAGAACGACAGCCACGGAUCCAGUGUGGUCUGGGGCCAACCCCAUGCAACUCUCGGGGCGGCUGCCGGCGGAUGAUUUUUACUGCCUGCCACAGCAGCAAGAACCAGAUUCCUCCAUCACUGACAAAGCCUGUAUGUGGAAAUGA